UACCGUCACCAAAUCACGGCCAGUAAUCAAAGCCACGCUAGAUCUCUUAACAGGGUUUAUUUUGUAAACUACGAUACCUUUAAUUUCUUCUAAAUGUUUUUAUGGUUGAACAUCAGUACUAAUCCUUUCAUACGUAUUUAUUUAUUGAAGAAUAUUUUCGCUAGAGUUAAAAUUCAUUUUUGGAGUUGAGGUGUUGGUUCGUGUGAUAUUCUGGAUAUUUACUGUUUGAAACAGUGGUUUUAUCAGAGGAUAAGAAUGAGCUUGUCGGCAUAUUUCAACUUGGCCAACUUGAAGGCAAAGAUGGACACAUUUUUAAAACGCACUCCCGAUACACCAAAAAAGUAUGUGUAUCUACUAGACCCAGAGAAUGGAGAAACGACAAAGCAAUUCAUCGAGGGAUUUAAACUAUUUAUUAACUGUGAUAUUGAAUUGAAAGAAGUUCAGAGAUCGACUGAUUGUAAGGAUAACCUCCCUAUAAUUCUAUUGUGUAGGAGGCAAACAGACAGGGCUGAAGAAGAUAUUAACUCAACAUUAAAAUAUCUACAUACAGACGAUUUGUACACAAGAACUGCUCUUAUCAAUAUCCAUGUCGUCAGCGAUGCCUUAUACUUACCGACAGUCCCAACUACAAAGAAAAUCAGCAGUAUUUUCAAUAAAGAUCUGGGUAUCAUACUAGAUUUUGGAUUUGUUCAAGAUGGUGUCAACAAAUUAAUUUACCCCUGUAAACAUGAUGUAACUACGAACUCUAAACAAGCCUUUCAUGACUUUGUCACAAAUAAAUAAGAGCUUGGAACAGCAUUUUAUCUGAAAGUCAUAUAAAGUUUUAUAUGUGUAUACAUAUGUCUGUCUUGUUUGGAAAUAUAUCUUCAAUCAUACAGUCAAACGUUGUUAAUCGAAAAAAGAAUUUAAUUCGAAAUUAUUUUUAUCUUGUUGAACCUUUUGAGUCUUGUAAGAUACUUUUGAACGUAAAUACAUGAAUAAAAAGAAUGCUUAUAGAAUAGAUGGUGUGAAAAUAAAGUAAAUUAAAAAAAAAACGAUGCACCAUUUGGCUAUAGUGAUAAUAGGGGAACAGUUGGUUGCAUUUCUAUUUUACAUUGUAUCAUACAAAACAAUUUAAAUAGUGGAUUGAAAUUGUAUAGUUGUUUUAUUGACUUUGAAAAAUGUUUAGACACCAUAGUCAUUGAUGCACUUGUACAGCUGAGAAUAAGCUGUAAAAGUCGAAUUAUCAUAUAAUUUUUGUAUGCGUUUGUAUCGUCUUGUAUAAAAUUGCCAUGUAGUUUUAAUGUUUCUAUCAAAAUUUUGAAACAAUGGGAGCCACUCUCGCCUUUCAUUUUCAUUCUAUUUGUUAAUGGUUUUACCGAUAGCAUUGAUUUAAAUAAUCUUACGGGAAACGAUAUCAACCAGAAAUUGCUAUAUUCAAUACUAUAAGCAGGUGAUAUGGCAAUAUUUACGACAGAUAAGUAUAGCCUACAAGCACUUCUUGAUAGUAUUUAUAUGAAAAUGGGGUAUCAAAAAAUAAAUGUAAAAGAAAGAAUGAAGAUUUGUGGCUUUGAUAAACGUAGAAUGAGAAAACUGAGAAAAUUGAUAGAUUUUGUUACUUGAGAAUUUUCAAAUUAAGCCACAAAUAAUUUGUAUGCGCUGUUUAAAAAAGUGAGUCUGGAUGUACAGCCUAAAAUUUCUGUUUUUGACAGGCUUAUAGUCCUUAUUUUGUUAUAUGGAUGAGCAUUGUGGGGACUUUAUAUUUUUUGUUUUUGUUACUUGAGUAUUUUCUAAUAAAGUCACAAAUAAUUUGUAUGCGCUGUUUAAGAGAGUACCUCUUGAUGUACAAACUACAAAUUCUGUUUUUGAUAGGCUUGUAGUCUCUAUUUUGUUAUAUGGAUAAGCAUUGCAGGGAAUUUAUAUUUUUUGAGAAAUAGACAUUUUACAUAUUAUGUUUUGUAAACAAAUAUUAAGAGUAAAACAACAAGCUACAAAUGUUCUUGUUUUAUGGAAAUUAGGGCUGUUUCCUUUAUCUUUUGAUCAACUCAAAGAGCCCUGAAAUACUGGAUAACAAUAAAAAGAAAUGAAACUUCUACAAUUCACAAUCUAUAUUUAGAACACUGGGACUGGAGAAGAUGUAUCAAAAUAAACAUAUUAUAAACA